AUGGAGAAGCUGACAGUUUUUUGCCUUUUGACGGUGCUGCUGUCGGCAGUGCUGAACGUUUCUUUGGCUCUCAUUAAAACGGAGUACUUCAAGGAAGGCGGUGACCUGACGCUGAGGCCUGAGUUUGAGGACCGCAUUGUCAGCAUUUUGUGGAAACUCAAUGGUGAUAUGGUGGCUGAGUGGAUUGAGAACAUUGUUCCAUUGGAAUAUUAUGGCAGGUUUAAAGACCGAACAGACCUGGACAUAAAAACUGGAAAACUGGUCAUGAAAAACUUGACUAAAGAGGAUGAGGGCCUGUUUACCCUCGAACUGAACAGCAAAGUCCUUCCUCAGCACUUCAUCUCCAAAGCCAUCAAGGAGGUGCCCAAGCCAAAAGUAUGGAUGCAGCCUGUGGUGUGUAGCCCUGAUAAGCACUCUCAGUGUGCGCUGAGCUGUGAAGGAGACACUACAGAUGCAGGGCCUGUCACCUACAGCUGGAAGGAGGGAGACGGGCAGUGGCAGUGGAAGGAGAAGAUCAUAAACAUCACCAAGACUGCUUCAGCUCAGGUAAAAACAUACACAUGUCAGAUGGAGAACCCGGUCAGUGUGCAACAAAGUGAAGGCAGAGACAACCCGUUCUUCAAGAGUGAACCUCCUGUUCAUCAUCAGGUUUUAGUUAUCAUCAAAAUCCUGGUUGUGAUCGCACUUCUUGUGAUAUUUCUCGUAUUUCUUUCAUGGAUAAAACAAAAAACGCUCAGGAAACUGAUGUGUUCAUGUACAGCUGAAAACACCUUUGACAGCUCAAUCUGAGGCACAUAAAAAGAUUUUCUGAUGAUGAAUGAAGAUUCUACAAGAUUCCACUCCAGUCUUAAAAAAAUAAAAAAUCAAAUCAAAACACCACUCAUAAACUGUAUGUAAAGCUUUUCUUGAUUAUGUUUGAAAUAUUUAAGCAGUGAUAGAAAAGUAUCAGUCAGCUUUGAGUUUUAACAUCAUCAAAUCAGAAGUGCUGUUGAUGCCUAUUUGCCUUUUGGUUUGCAUGUCUUUUUUGCCAGAUUAGAUUAGAUUUUGGAGCUGAAUGAAAUUAAAUUUAAUUGGGGUCAAACAGAUAACACACAUCCUUUUUUCUUCACUGUUUUUGUCAUCCCGACUUUUUGAAGCUCUUGGGGAUAGCAUAGUUCAAAAUUACUCGUCUAACAUUUACAUUUUAUGUGCAGCCUGGGGGUUCAGGUUCUAAGAGUAUUAAUAAUAUUAAUAAAGCUAUUUUGGUCUUAGUCUAUCCUUAUGUAAACACUGGCCAGAAAAAGCUUGUCAGUGUUUAAAAAAAAAUCUUUUUCAAGAGUGUCUUACCCAAGUCAUGCAGAUGUACAGUUACUGUAAAUAAACAAGACAGAAACACCUUUGAAAGAUCGGAUGGUUUGUCUGAAGUGUUACAGAGAUAUUUAUGGCUAUUAUGAAACCCAAAUACAUUUCCUUUGAUUUCCAUGUUAUUCUGAUUUAAUUGGAAAACUACACUCAAUAAACCGACUUAUAAGCAUCAGUCAUAGCAACAUCACACUGGCAAAAACCAAACUGGCAGAUACAAAUAGACUGCAGGGAAAACCUUGAUUUAUUAUUUUGACUGGAAAUGUUGUAGUUAGGUUGCUCUAAACAUGUGAAAACACUGAGAUCUAUGUGUGACUGAAUUUUGGAUUUAGACUGUAAGAAAGUUUUCUCCUCUUUCCUGGCUUGGUUUAAUCUGAGCGGGUCAAAAAACCUUUUCUGUGUAAGAUGAACAAAACCAAAAAUACCAGAGAUGGCUUAAAGAAGCUUUUUAACCCAAACAAACAAACCCAAACUUAAUUGACUGUAGAUAAAUAAAAGUAUAAAAUGAAAGGUGAAACCAAGCUCUCUGCAUGCUCUGAUUAUACACAUAUUUUCAGUACUUAUUGAAUUCACAAAACCUGGCAUGCCAGAUGGAUUUGUACACGGAAAUGGACGUAUCCAUCUGCUCUGCAAGGUUAGAAUUCACACCCCCCAGUUUGGAUUGUGGUUCUGUCAGAAGGUUUAUUCCCCAAAAAUUUGGCUCUUUGAUGGAAGAGGGUUGAGUAACACUGUGCUAGAGUAUACAGAAUACCAGUCAAAUGCCCUGUUUUAUUACAAUCUAUGAAAAACACUUCCAUGCCAGCAGGAUCUAAUGCAUGUUGUUGAGUUUGACUGAAUUUGAGCCUUUUGGGACUACUUUGUAUCUAAACUGCAAGACUUCUUUUUAUUCUGAUUAAUCUGAUCACAUCAUUAUUCAGUGAUAUACUGAUGGUGGAGCUGUUUUUAUUGUUUUACUUUAAUGAUUUAUUGGUCUUCCUCUGCUGUUUCCCUUUGUUUCUGACUAUA